AUGGCCAGAAAUGGUUUAUCAAGAGGCGCGAGACCUCCCAAUAUCAGAACACCGACCUUUCCCAGCUACUAUAGCACAAGACAAAAGCCUCGAAGAUGGCCGUUGGUGCUACGCUUCAUCAAAGGCGCGAUACAUCUCGACAUUGCCAUACCAGUCUGCCUGCACGCACUCUUCGCCGCCGCAGUGUGCUAUGUAGACAGCGUCCGAGAAGGAAACCUGAGCAUCCCAUCCGCAACCGUCCCGAGUCUCUCGAUCGUCGUCGGUCUCAUGCUCGUCUUCCGCAACUCGACCUCCUACGACCGCUUCUGGCAAGGCAACCAACUCUUCACGACAGUCGAAACCUCGAUUCGAAAUCUCGUCCGCUCCUUCCUCGCCUGCUCCUACAAAGCCUCGGGACCCCCACCAACAGAAGCCGAGAGAGCCGACACCGAACGCACCGUCCGCCUCCUCCUCGCCAUGAUCUUCGCAGCCAAAAACUCCCUCCGCGCAGAAUGGGGUCAAGAAAUCCCUCUCCUGGUCCCUCAAACCGAAGUCGACCGACGUCGCCGCGAAAGCGUCUCCGUCUACAAAGCCGAAUACGACGAAUUACUCCCUCCGGGAACUAAAGGCCACGAAGAAGCCGGUCUCGCUCUACUUUUACAACUCAGCUUCCAAGUCGAAAGCUACAUCAAACGCGCACACGACCGCGGUUGGUUCCACAGCCCGCAAGCUUCGCAAUUGACCGUACAAUUAAAUACUCUAGUGGCAGCGUACGGCUCCAUGGAAACUAUCCAUUUGACCCCAUUACCCGUCGCCUACCUAAUCCAUACAAGACAAGUCCUCGCGCUGUUUUGUAUGGUACUCCCCUUCGCUCUCGUGCAAGAAAUGGGUUGGUGGUCGAUAUUUCUCGUGACGAUUACUUCUUUCACGCUGUACGGCAUCGAAGCGAUUGGCGCACAACUCGAAGAUCCAUUUGGCUACGAUCGAAAUGAUAUCAAAGUGGAUGCGAUUGUGGAGGAUUUGCGUGUGGAAACUAUGGUCACGUUGGAGAAUUGGAGGAGAGGAGAGGAUUUGCCGAGUUUGGAGGGGAGGAAGAAGAGUGGGAUGCCUCAUCUUGGUGCUGAGCAGGAUUCGGCUCUCAUUAUUUGAGUGGACCCCCUAAAAGGACUGCCUUGUUCGUGCUCUGGGAAAAGAUAUCCACCUGACCUCAUCGAAUAAUC